UUUGUUGCUUUUCGGCAAGGUCACUCAUGAUGUUUUUUCUAAAAUUAGAUACAUAUGUCAUUCGCGAAAUUGCCAAGCAACAAACUUUCAUAUUACAAUCGAGAAAUUUUGCCGGAAAAAUUUCAUCUCCAGUGGUAUUACAUAAUUUGAGAGAAUAAAGCUAAAAAUCGGUUAGUAUUGAAACAAUCAAGUUAGCAAGUCUACUCGAUUCUAUACACCCCGAUCAUAGACAUUGACAAAACUCAAGUAUGACAGAAAUGGAACGACAAAUUAACGAGAUAAGCAAAGAUAUAUUCGAGAUAGAAUCCCUCCUCAAUGUUUCCAGAAGGCAGAGAAUCAAAAAUUUCCUCAGUCUCGAACUGCGGAAACUAAUAUCCGAAAAACGUCAGCUUGAAGAAUCUUUCAGGGACGAGAAAACAAGCGAAGCUAAGAAGAACAGAGACCCUUUGGAUGUGAAGAACGUCCGAGUGAAAAUCGACAAUUAUGCUUGGGACCAAUCUCCCAAGUACGUAAAAUUUUUUUUGACCCUGAAGAAAGUCCACCAAUUAGAUUCGGAAGAUAUCAAGUGUCAAUUCGGUUCGGAUUAUUUAUCUUUAACCGUGAAAAAUUUGGAAAAUAAGGAUUAUUUCUUCGAUGUCCAGAAACUGUUGCAUCCAGUCGUUCCAGAAAAGAGCUAUUGGAGGGUUAAAUCUGAUACCAUCGUUAUAUUUCUGGUUAAGUCCAGCGCAUUGAAAUGGCCGUUUUUGACUAGGAUUGACGAAGAAAGCGCAUCCAAGAAGAACAAUAAAUAUGGAGUGGAUAAGACCGAGAAGCACGACGAGAAUAGUCUAUUUUCUCUCGUGAAGGAUAUGUAUGAGAAGGGAGAUGAUAGGCUCAAGAGAACAAUAGCCCAAGCUUGGACUGAAGGUCAAUCUAGUAAAGGCUACAUAUGAAACAGUAGCAUUUCGAAGUUAAUUACACAAAUACUUAUAUCUUCUACCUUUCAUUGUUUUGUAUCAAUAAAUACACCUAUUUGUCUUGUCAA